AUGCUAAGUAUACUUGUCCAAAAAGAAAUUCUACAUAUUCUUGCUACUAAGGUGAGAAAUUCAAUUAGAGAAGAGAUUGGAGAUGCUAAAUUUUGUAUUAUUGUUGAUGAAGCUAGAGAUGAAUCUAAAAAGGAGCAAAUGACCAUUGUUUUGAGAUUUGUUGCUCUAGAUGAUUUUGUUAAAGAGAGAUUCUUUGAUCUUGUGCAUGUCACUGAUACUUGUGCAACAACUUUAAAGAAAGAAUUGAUUUCUGUCCUUUCUCAUUAUAAUCUCAAAGUUGAAAAUAUUAGGAGUCAAGGGUAUGAUGGUGCUAGCAACAUGCGGGGUGAGUGGAAUGGUUUGCAAGCUUUGUUUCUUAAAGAUUCUCCACAAGCAUACUAUGUACAUUGUUUUGCUCAUAGUGCUUCUUCAAAAAGACAUGAUCAAUUACAAGAAGCUCAAGCAAUUGAAAAUGCAAACUUGGUUGCUCAAAAUGAAUUAGAAACAGGCAAAAGUGCGAAUCAAAUAAGCACUUUACAAAGAGUUGGGGAUACUCGAUGGAGCUCUCACUUUAAUUCUAUUUGUAGUUUGGUAAAAAUGUUUACUGCUACCAACAUUGUUCUCAAUAAUAUCAUUGAAGACGGGACAACUUAUGCACAAAGAGGUGAGGCUUAUGGUGUUAGUAAAAUAUUAUUGUCAUUUGAAUUUGUUUUCACUUUGCACUUGAUGAAAGAGAUUAUGGGAAUUACUAAUGUUCUUUGUCAAGCACUGCAACAACAAUCUCAAGAUAUUCUUAAUGCAAUGCAUAUUGUUUCUACAUCAAAGUUACUUCUUCAACAAUUAAGAGAUGGUGGAUGGUGCAAUUUUCUUGCAAAUGUUAAAGAUUUUUGUGAAAAACAUGAAAUUGAAGUCCCUAAUAUGAGUGCACAAUAUGUUUUUGGAAGAGGUCGAUCUCGUCAACCAAGUGUGACAGUUGAGCAUCAUUAUCGAAUAUAUGUAUUCUUGGCAACAAUUAACUUUCAAAUACAAGAGUUGAAUAGUAGAUUUAAUGAGCAAACAAUAGAGCUGUUGACUUUGAGUUGUGCUUUGGAUCCUAAGGACAAUUUAAAAUCAUUUAAUAUUGAAGAAAUUAGCAAUUUAGCAGAGAAGUUUUAUCCCCUUGACUUUCCUUCUAAUGAGCUAAAUAUUUUGAAAUCUUAG